GCCCCCAAUAGCCGAGCCAUGGGCUCUUCCCACUCGAUGUCCGAGGAGAACCGCGCACUCGCCCACAAGACCGGCUUCACGAUGGAUCAAAUUGAGCACCUGCAUCGGCGAUUUAAGCAGCUGAGCGGAGACCAACCAACGAUCCGGAAUCUGCGGGGAGCCUCCGGGGGCUUCGUGGACGAAAUCAACUUUGAAGAUUUCCUGACCGUCAUGUCCAACUUCCGCCCCAUCGAGUUGAAUAUGGACGAGGAGCAGCUGGACCGUUCCAGGAAGCAGAAGUUGAAAUUCCUCUUCCAUAUGUACGAUGGAGACAGUGAUGGGAAGAUCACCUUGCAGGAAUACAGAAAUGUGGUCCAACAGAUGCUCUCAGGAAACCCCCACCUGGAUAAGGAAUCCGUGAGAUCCAUAGCGGAUGGAGCCAUGAUGGAGGCUGCUAGCAUCUGCGUGGGACAGAUGGAGCCGGAUCAAGUCUACGAAGGGAUCACAUUUGAUGAUUUCCUGAAGAUAUGGGAAGGAAUCGACAUAGAGACCAAGAUGCACGUCCGCUUCCUGACGCUGGAACCCAUGGCGUUCUGCUACUGACGACGGCGGAGUAGCUGCAACUGGGUGGUGGGAGGCUUUGGAGAUAGCUGUGAGCUUGUUUGGGUGGG